AUGGGGAAGCGCUUGGAUAAACUGCUGUCAACAUUUUGCUGUAUCUCUCCGACAACCUCGAUCAAUAAUUCUCAAUCGCCGACAACCUCAUUCAGUAAUAAAUCUCAAUCGCCGAUUUUCAGCUGGUAUCAAGAGGAUAUUUGGACAGAGAUUGCAAAGUACUUGGAUGGUAGAUCUCUAGUGAUGCUUGCAGUGACUUGCAAAUGGUUUCGUGAUGUUCUGAGGGAAGAUGACGUGUGGAAGUAUGCAUGUUUGCGUGAUUUUGAGCUUCCUGACCCCGGAAAAUUAGCAACAUUCAGCUGGAAAAAACUCUAUGCGUUAGCUUUUGAUGGAAGUCACUCUUACUUGUUCCGUCAUCCGGAGAAGUGUUUUGAGUGGAAGCGGAUUGGAGCUUUUAUUUUUCACUCAUCUUCUGCCCUGCUGAAGCUGACUGAGAGUUUAGUUAAUCCCCUCGGAAUUCGCAAACCAGAUGUCAGAGCUGGCGGCCUUGUGUUAAACAAUGUCAAAUAUGGAAUCUGGAUUGCUGGUAAGUUAACUAUCCUUGCAAUUCGACCAAUAUUUACCUUGAAUGCUAGGCAUAUCGAACUCUUCCUCAGUGACGGAUUCCUAGAUGGCAGCUGGGAUUAUGAAGCAUUAGGAGUCUGUAAUAUCAACAAGCGUGCUGAUGGUGCCUUUUGUGGUCUCUUUGACAUUAAGCAUCUCGAGGAUAGAGAUGCCUUCAAUGAAUCAUCGGUGGGGCCACAACGUAACAGGGAAUCAAAAGCCAUGCUUACCCUCCACGCGGUUGCAUUGAGAAUGACUCUGGAAGAGAAUGAAGGUCUUCAGAUUAAGUACCAUGCUAUGAAGUCUGGAAAGGAUGGUCAAAUUGUUGCGAUUCGUAUAUCCAACCAUUUCCACAGGAAAACUUGA